UGUCUACAAUUCAUUACAUCCAGCCAGACCCUACAUUCUCUUGGAUCUGUUAGGAACACUUGUACUUGGGUCUGUUCUUUCUUCACUGUCUUCUUCUUCUCUGCUCAGGAGCAGUGGGUUUAGAAGGAGCUGACAGAAGGACUGCUACCAUGGCUGAUGGAAAGGGAUUCACCUGUCUUAUGGUCAUUCUCAUCCUGGGGAAUAUAUUUGGAGCUGCAGCAGGUCUUGCCCUUUGCGCUCUGGCCAUCUGGGUUGCAGUAGAUCAAUUCAAGCUCUACCCUAUAUCUGGCGUGUCGGGGAAAGAUGACAUCUUUGCCGGGGCCUGGAUUGCCAUUUUCACAGGCUUUGCCUUCUUCUGCAUGUGCGUCUUUGGUAUCUUGGCUGCUGCGAUGAAGAGCCGUGCCUUAAUGCUAACAUAUCUGAUCCUGAUGUUGAUCAUCUACAUAUUUGAGUGUGCCUCGUGUAUCACUGCAGUCACCCACAGAGACUAUCUGGUUGGAAACAGUAAUCUGGUGAAGAAGCAGAUGCUGAAGUACUAUGCAGCCGACGGUGACUCUGGCAGUCAGAUCACACUGACAUGGAACAAAGUGAUGAAAGAGGUGGAGUGUUGUGGAACGGAUGGCCCAGUGGACUGGAUAGAGUACAACUCCACCUUCAGGGAGAAGUUUGGUACAGACUACCCCUGGCCCACCCACUGCUGCAAGAGGAAGAACAACUACGAUGUGGUGAAUGUGGAGGCCUGCAAGAACGGCCAGAACACCACCAUGUUCACUAAGGGCUGCUUCAACCACAUUGAGUCUGUGUUCAGUCGAUAUACAUGGGCUAUCAGCUGGUAUGGUUUCGCUGUGCUAAUGUUUAUGUUCUUGCUGUUGAUCCUGGCCAUGGUGUACUACCUGAUGCUGUGAGAAGUCUGGAGGUGAUGUCUCUAACCCAUGUUUUUGACUUUCUGCUGAAGCCACACCAACCCUCACUUCAGCAACCACAGUGCCUUGCAAAAGUAUUCACCCCCUUGGUGUUAUUUUGUUGCUUUACAACCUGUAAUUGAAUUUAAAUAGAUUUUUAUUUGGAUUUCAUGUAAUGGACAUACACAAUAUAGUCCAAAUUGGUGAAGUGAAAUGUAAAAAAUUACUUGUUUAAUUUAAAAAAAAAGAAUUUAAAACGGAAAAGUGGUGCGUGCAUAUAUAUUCAACCUCUUUGCUAUGAAGCACCUAAAUAAGAUUUGGUGCAACCAAUUACCUUCAUAAGUGACAUAAUUAGUUAAAUAAAGUCCACCUAUGUGCAAUCUAAGUGUCACAUGAUCGGUCACAUGAUCUCAGUAUAUAUAUAUACACCUGUUCUGAAAGGCC